ACGGACAUAACUAUCGCGAGCGUGGGAUUGCGAAGACCGACAACGACCACUGCUGUACCUUUGUGAAGCAUCUACGGGCUCUCCAUCUACACCCGCCGCCACGAUGAUCACCAGAUUUCUCACCGACGUUCGCGUAACCUUCAAUCCCUUCUCCCCACGCUCAAAGCCCGCACGCCUCUUUCUCUCCCUGAUACCUCCGAAUGCGCGCGCAGAUGGCAUGAAGAUCGAGUCCAAUAUGUUGCCGCGGACGAGCAAAGAGCCUGCAAGUCUUGGUGUCAAGUUCAAAGACGGCAAAGAGAUGAACCUAGAUCUAAGCACUAUGCGCAUAACACAGGUCGUCGAGGAAGUAGAUAGGCAUUCGCGCUCGUUGGCGCGGAAGGAGGAGCUGACAGGCAACUAAACAUACAAAAAGAAUACCCUUGGUACAUACACUCGGUUUCACGUCAUCAUUGGCGUCACAGUAGCAUUCGAGUCUAAAGCGGAGAUGACGAUUUGUUAUUCUCCACAUGAGUUUAUGUACCGUCAAUGGUCGGCAUUAAUCAUGUA